GUGACACAUCCACUUAAAUAAUUAUCACAUUCAGAAUCAGUUGUAGUGGUAGGUAACAUUAUCAUUGCAUGUUCUCAUUGUACAUGGUGAGGGUGUAGUAGUAGCAGUUGCAAUAGGUCUACAUCUAUCUUUUCCUGUUGAAUCUAAUAAGAUAUUACAAAAAUCAGCUGAUCCAUUGUUUGAAGUACACGCUCUAGUUUAUGAAACACAUAUAGUUCUUUGUUUUACAAGAUUUAAGAUAACUUUAACAAUCAAAAUCUGUAUAGAAUACCUUAUCACUACAUGAUCUAUCUCUUCAAUUUGAAUUAGCAGAAUCCCAAGUAAAAAAAUCUCCUGUAUCAUUCUAGACUCCUUCACACCAUAUUUAUUUAGCUGUAUCAUCAUCACCUUAUGUUGUAUGAUUUACACAACUUACUUUUUUUUUAUGCAUUUAUUGGAAUAAUAGAGACAACCUGGAACAUUAUUAAUACAAUCUGUAGCACUUGCAUCAUUAUCAGUCCAAACUUAAGUUCUGCAUUUUUUACUAGAAUCCAUAAUGCAAGGAUAACCAUC